AUGGCCAUCCCAAGGCUCCCCUCUCCCCACGGCGACCGGGCGACAAGCCCCGGCCCCGUCCCCUGCCCUCGCCUCCCGGCCCGGGGUCACCUCUGCGCCACAGCCCGGGGACACCGGCUCCCGUCGCCGCCGCCGCCGCCUCCACACACCGCAGUGAGGGUGGUCAGCGGCCAUCCCUCCCGCCAUUCCCGCCGUCUCCUCACGGCCCAGAGGCCGCCGGGCCCUGAGGCGGGAGCGCACACACCUACCGUCUCCUUGGCCGCGGCCGCCACCGGGAUGGGGAGCACCGCCGCCCCGGCCCGGCCCGGUUGGGCCCACCCCACCGCCUCCGCCUCCCUCCCUGCCCGGGGUGGCCGGGGGGCGGCCCUGGCCCGGGGGCAGGAGGAAGGAAAGGCUUCCACCCAACGCUGGCUCGCCUCCAAACCCUCACGGCUGGAGGUGAACCUCAAGACCGGUCACCGUUUCCCCGCCAAGGCUGGCCUAAAAGCAUCCCGGGAUCCUCCUUAUCCACAGGGGGACGAAGCUCCGUCGCUCCCGUGGAACCUGGUGAUGUCCCAGCCCGUUCCCAAAGCCUUGGGAGCCCUUGGUGCGUCCCCGAUACACGGCCGAAGGAAAUCCUGCACGAGAACACACCUUAUUUCACUCAGACUUGCAGUGCUCUGAAAGGUUCUCACUGUCACUUCAGCACGUUCUGCUCAUCUUGCUGAAAGCAGCCAACCAUGUUUUCUUGUCCAAAUCUAGGAAGGAUCUGGAACUGACCAUGAUAAACAG